GCGGCGGCCAUAUUGAAAUAUCAACUUUCAAGAUACAGAGUAUAAAGUGUUUUUUGGACUAGAAUUUUGCUUUUGAAAAGGUUUAUUUUUGUGGAAUAAUGCCCACUUAUCAAGGUCAGUGCUUGGUAUAUGUAUAUAAAAGUUGUUAUGAAUUGUAUUCCAUUAAAAUGGUCGUUUUUGGUUUUGCUGUUUUUAAUAACAUGUUUCCACGUGGUAAAUAUUUAUUUGCAUAAACUAUCAGUAUAAUAGCUAAUAAUGUUAAUAGGGUAUUCUGAGAGUGACUAUUAAAGGGUUUUUAUGUUUGCAAUAAAAUCAAUGAUAAAUAUAAUUAUUUAAACAUCAUUUGCUCAACAAGUCAAGUGUGUCAAGUUCACUUGCCACGACUUUCAGACUUUGGGCCGGUUGCUAUAAAGAAUAAAAGCCAGCUGUUCCAUGUGGGGGGGGGGUGAAUAGGGGUAUACAAAUCCGCAGAUCCGCCCAAAUUUGAAGCAAAAUCCGCCGUCCGACAAUGGUCUUGUCUAAAUUUGGAUCCUCUAAAAGCUCUACUAUGCAGUCACAAUCCAGGAUCCGAACUAAAUUGCAAGCAAAAUCUACCGAUCCGAGCCAAAAUAUUAGAUAAAUUUGCAAUCCGCUGCAUUAAUAAAUUCUGCAAAUCUGUGUAAAAUAUUCGCCAAAUCCAAAAUCUGAACAAUUUUUUCGGCGGAAUCCGACGAUCCGAAAACCUAUUCACCCCCCCAUGUAAAAUUGAAUGGCUGACAAUCUCAUUCCCCGAGCCUGCGAUCCUCGGGACGGAGCAUGUGGCUCUGGGAUAAUCUGUUGCCGGAAGCCAGGAAUCCUGGCUAAGACUGAACUGCGCAUUUCAUUUCAAUGGCCAAUCAGAUUCCUCCCUGAAACGGAUUAUCCCAGAGCCUCACAUUCCUUCCUGAGGAUUGCAGGCUUGAAUGGCUGGCGGUAAGCCGUAAAAAAAUACCUGUGGUUCUGGUUUCAUAUCGUGAAAAAAUUAGGGUCUGUAGGUUGGAAAUAAAUUUUUUUUUGAAUUUUUUUUCAUGGUUUUGCCUGUUUUUUGCUGGACGAUUUGCAGUAGAGUCCCGACAUCAAUAUUAACUAGAGGUGCGUAUUUCCUAUGGACGAAUUGAGGCAAUUUGGUUCAAUAAUUAUUGUGACAACAGACGCCAUUUUGGCACGCUGUAUGAGCAGCCCACAACCACCUGGAGAAAAUAGGGUCGCACGAUCAAUCGUGUUGAAAAAUUAAUAGGGUCGGCAGAAAAAAAUCAGGUCGGUCGGGAACUGGAACCACAGUUAUUUUUUUUAUGCCUAAGGUCACCCCAUUCUUAUAUGAACAUGCUUUGUGAUUGGUUGAUAAUUUAAUAAGAACGAAUGAUAAACAAUGAUCAGUUGAUCACUUUUAACUCAAAUGUUAGAUAUUUUCUCAGAAAAUAUAUGGCAGACCAAGGGAUUCUGCAGUCGGAAAGUAUUUUUGUCAAAUACAGUAGGAAGAUCAGAAAUCUGCUUAGUUCUUGCAACUGUUGACCCCCUGGCAGGAAUCGAACCUGCAGCCCUGUACCCUGAUACCAACCGAGAGAGAGUUGUCGAGCUCUAACCACAAGUUCAUAUAGUUGCAUGUUUUGCAACUGCUCCUGGUUAAAUUAAGUCUAAUACUGUAAAUGUAUAAAAAUUCCACUCAGAAUUCCAUCUACAAAUCCUGUCAACAGAACAUUUUUAUGAAUGGCUGUGAUUUUUUAAAUUGUGAGGACUGAACAUGAAUUUUGAUUAUCAAAUGCCGAGGCAUAAUGCAGACAUUCCAACCACUGGAGGUAAAAUUUAGGGAGACUGUUCAGUGAAUUGAAAUCUAGUUCUUCUGGGAAAAAGUCUUCUGAAACUGGCGUUUCCAGCAUUUUGGGACUAUGUUGUUAUAAGUGAUCCUAUAAAUUGCCAUAAAGCAACUUCAAAUUUUCGGGAGACUCCCGGUAAAAUCGGGAGAGUUGGAAUGUCUGAUAUUGAGGAUGUUUUUACCUACCUCAGCCAAGAGAUCCCCAAUUUUGCCAAGGCAAAAAUAGGCCAAUUACGAGGGUUGCAAAGGUUUAAUGUAACAAUUUUGAACCUACAGUUUCAGUCAAGUGGGGCAAAGAAAAGUUUGAAAAUCUUGAAGUGGACACAGAUGAGUUGCCAGAAUUAUUUAAAGCUCAGUUAUUCGCUUUGACAAAUGUUGCUCCUGAAAGGCAAAAGAUCAUGCUCAAAGGAAGUGUAUUGAAGGUACAGUAGGAUUCCUUUGGUAACAGGGCAUGGUACUCUAAACUUGUUUUUUGUAGAACAUUCAACUGGUUAAGUCCAUCCACCCAUGACCAGCCAGUUGGUUAUUUACUUGUAUUUGACAUACAUAUAAACUAGGGAUGAGCCGAUAAGGAAAAUUGCUGAUUACUGAGGCCGAUUAUUUAUGAGCCGAUUAUCGUAACUAAUCGGCCGAUUAAUCGGUACCCGCCGAUUAUAUUAAAAAGCAAGCGAAAAAUCACAAGAUGACCAACAAUGAAGUUGUAGAUGCGGUUUUAUUGUUUACAAUACACAUUAUGUACAAUUGAAAACAGCUUCAAUCUUGCAUGUCAAUAGUCAAAGUUUAGUUUUGGCAGAUUAUGGUGUAAAAACAGGACAUUGUCAGCUAUGCGGAGCUAGUCUGCUGUGUUUUUCAGUGGAAAUGUUCCCAGCUUCACUUCGCUCAAGACAAAAGACACAGGUUUUGCAACAAAAUGUGAAAAUCUAUUCGCUUGUAUUCAGUAUUUUAGCAUGUGCUUGGCAGCCGAUUAUUUGCCGAUUAUCAAGCAAUAUGUUUGCGAUGUUACUCUGAGUGCAUAUCCACACCGGGCGAGCUUGAAAAAUAUGCCCGGCCACGGUGGGAUUCGAACCUACGACCUUUGGAAUACUGGCCCAAUGCUCUUCCAACUGAGCUACGCGGUCAGGACGGUUCGAGUAAGUGAUAUUUCGGAACAGUAUCUAGUUCCUUCAAUACCAAUGUGUUCUAGUAAUAUGAAUUUUUCUGUGUUGGUGUUGUGUACUCAGGUGAAUAAUAUGUUUGCCGAUUACCAAUUAUUUAAAAAACGGACGAUUAAUCGGCUUUGCCGAUUAUUUACCGAUUAAUCGGCUCAUCCCUAAUAUAAACUUAAAUUUCUGUGUUAUGCUGUAGGAUGAUGGUUGGAGUAAUAUGAAACUCAAAAAUGUGAGUAGCGAGUAUGCAGGUUUUAAUAGUUAUUGACUAUCAGGCCGCUUUUUGCCUUAUUGAUAGACGAUCGGAAUUGUAGACUUAUUUGUAUUUCCAAUUAUAUAUUAAACCGAUUGUUGAGAAAACAAGAACUUUAACAAUUAGAUAGUACAAUUUGCACAUCGAUAACAUUGAUAGUGUUUGCUGAAGAUUAAAAGCAUAUCAAGUCCUCCACUACAAUGUUUAUACAUGGAAUGGUUUUAGCGCUAUUUUUGAUGCCAUUUUGUUUUAAUGUUAUGUUAAAUUAUUAAAAAAUCUCAAUAAGUUCUUAAAGCAUUCAGAUGUUAUCAUUGUUUCACCUCAAUGGUUCAUGCAAUAACAGUAGGUUGAGAAUAAAUUUAUUUCUUUAGGGAUGUAUGUUGAUGAUGAUGGGUACAGUUGGUGAACUACCUCAGGCUCCGAAAGAAAAAGUUGUCUUCAUGGAAGACAUGUCAGACUCACAGCUUGCUGCAACUGUAAGAAAUGAAGUUUUGCGUAACCCAUUCAAGUGCCCGCACUUUCCUCUUGAUCAGUAAAAUAGUCUGGCAUUAGACGGAGUAAAAAAACCCCAAAGUAUAUGUGGUGCAUCAGUGUGCAGUGUGUUAAAUGUAAAUUUAGUUGAUAUUGCAGCCCUUUUAAAAUUUUUUCCCCUAUGAACAAGAUUACAUAACCAAACAAUCAGAGCAUAUAAUAUUUUGAAAGUGAUAGGGCUACAGACCUACUAGAAACUUUAACAUGCUCUUGAUUUAGGCCUCUUUGUUAUGUUUGAGUAUAUUGUUUAUGCUACAUAUUGAAAUUACUUAACACAGGGAUAUUAACGAUUUAGGUCGGGAAAAACCUUCAAAAUCUUCUCCUUAAGUGCCGAAGAAUGCUCAACAUAGGCGGUGGAACUGGGACCCCCCCAACUUUGAAAAAGUAGGAAAAAGAGAGGGCUAAGCCUCUCCAAAAGAAAGGUUUAUUAUAUAUCAAAUAUUCCUAAUUUUCCAUUACAGUAUACAGUUGGUGGCUUGAAACAGUUGUUGUAGGAGACGUUACAAAUCAAUGCUUCUGUGUGUCAGAACGCAGGAAAUGCCAUUUCAGAGAGUUUACUGUUUUUCAAAACUUAAGGAGAGCAAGCCUGCUGAUCCCCUUAGAGUUUGUUUGCCCCCCCCAACAAAACCAAUCUUUCAUUGCCUAUGACACUGUUGUUGUUUGUGUCUGAAAUACAUGUUAGUGCUUUACCUGAAAAAGACAAACACAUCUGACUAAUCAUGUUUCGCUCGCUACUCUGGUUUAAAUAAAUGAUUACAAAGCCAAGUCGAAUUGUAAUCAAGACCCAACGUUUCGACACUCCAGUCUAGUGUCUUCAUCAGGGUUGAUCUAAAGAUGCAAUUGUGGCUUCUUAUAUACCCAAGGGAUGAUGUCACCUGCCAAUGAGAUGCACGUAUUCCUCUGGCAAAUAGGCGCCGUCAUCCCUAUUCAAAGCAUGAUUACUGUACUCAUAUUUAUAUGUCACGCUUCUAGGCAAAGUCUUUAACCAUAGCGAUUGUUUGUGGUAAUUACUUUAGAGUUUUCCCACGCAAUCCCAUGUUUGGUGUAACACGGACACAUGUUCUGCUAAAGCUGAUUUUCCCUUGUCUAAAGUUGAAACAUCCUUUUGAUGUUCUUUUAGCCGUGUACCAAACUGGCGUUUAGACUAAGUUACUGUACUUAUUUAAUUUCUUUAGUUAAAACUGCCAACAGGGCUUGCAAAUCUUGGAAAUACAUGUUAUAUGAAUGCCACAGUACAAUGUUUGUGUACUGUUCCUGAACUGAACGAGGGCCUUGAAAAGUAAGUAUGUGCUUGGUGCACACACAUCUCUAAGACCUCUAAUGCAG